UUAGACCACCAAACUGCACAGGCUUGGGCAAUAGACAUUCAACGCAGCGGGGGAGAGAGAGAGAGAGAGAGAGAGAGAGAAGCCAUGGUUGCCGCCAAGAUCGCUCCAUCGAUGCUGUCUUCAGAUUUCGCGAAUCUGGCGUCGGAGGCCGAUUACAUGCUCCGUUGCGGCGCCGACUGGCUGCACAUGGAUAUAAUGGAUGGGCACUUCGUUCCAAAUCUAACCAUUGGAGCUCCUGUUAUUGAGAGCCUGAGGAAGCACACCAGAGCAUAUCUUGAUUGCCACCUUAUGGUUACGAAUCCUCUUGAUUAUGUGGAGCCAUUAGCAAAGGCUGGGGCAUCAGGUUUCACUUUCCAUGUUGAAGCUUCUAAAGAUAAUUGGCAAGAGGUUGUUAGAAGUGUGAAGGCAAAGGGGAUGCGGCCUGGUGUAGCAUUAAAGCCUGGAACUCCUGUCACUGACGUUUAUCCAUUGGUAGAUGAUGAAGUGCCUGUGGAGAUGGUCCUUGUAAUGACAGUAGAACCUGGGUUCGGUGGACAGAAGUUUAUGCCAGAAACGAUGGAAAAAGUUCGUGCAUUGAGACAGAAGUAUCCUUCACUUGAUAUAGAGGUUGAUGGUGGAUUGGGCCCGGAUACAAUUGGUCAAGCUGCCUCUGCUGGUGCCAACUGCAUAGUAGCCGGGAGUUCAGUUUUUAAAGCAAAAGAGCCAGCUGAAGUUAUAUCCAUCUUGAGGAAAGGUGUUGUGGAAGCGCAGGGACGGAACUGAUUUUUUAUGUUUAUCAAACAAUUGCCGCCAGUCAAAUUUUGAAUAAAGAGUUGAUCUUCAUGGUCAAUCUUUGCAUUUCUGGCGUUGUCACCAUGAUGCGCACCAUGACCUGAUUUAAUUAGGACAUAAUUUUCUUAUCUCUUGAUCUUUGAGUGAAGGUUUGAGAGACUCUUAUUUGUAUUUGUCUUGAGGAAGGAGUUUUCCCUGCUUCUGUACCAACAAUGUAAGGUGAUUUUGUAAUGUUGAUUCUAUGUAGUUUAGCCUGUUCCUUUA